GGUUGGAGCUUCUUUUAUAAGCCUGGGAAUCCCUUUACAUUAAGGGUCUUCAGCUUUAAAGACUUCUCACCUGCUGAGGAGAGAAUUAAAUCUCUGUCCUUUUAAUAAGGAAGCCAUGUCCAGCCGGCCAAUCACAAUCAUAUCGAGUAAGACAGCACAAGGGGGAAACUACCAUGGGAUGAACAUCCACAGCCCCAGAGUGUGUGAGUGUAUGGAGUCUGACUCAGCUCUGUGUGGGGAGUCCGGCCUCGGCUCCACCGUGGAUCUUAUCAGCAGCUGUUCUCACACACAAUGUAGCCGAAACCAUUGUCCUGCCCACAAAACCUGGCUCCCGAAAGUCCAAGCACCGACUGAGGAUCCCAGAGAAGGGAGGGAGAGAAUGAUGUCAGUCUUCAUCAGUGUGCUGAAGAUUCCGCUCCUCUUCUUCCUCCUCUACUGCUUCGUUUGUUCCUUGGACACCUUGAGCUCUGCUUUUCAGCUGGCCGGGGGUAAGGUGGCUGGAAAUAUCUUUCAGGACAAUGCGAUCCUGUCGAACCCUGUGGCUGGCUUGGUGGUUGGCAUUCUGGUCACAGUACUGGUGCAGAGCUCAAGCACCUCCACUUCCAUCAUUGUCAGCCUCGUCUCAUCCGGCCUGUUGGAAGUGAAGUCUGCCGUCCCUAUAAUAAUGGGCUCGAACAUCGGUACAUCCGUCACCAACACCAUUGUUGCUCUGAUGCAGGCUGGGGAGAGGACUGAAUUUAAACGGGCGUUUGCGGGAGCUACGAUCCACGACUGCUUUAACUGGCUCUCGGUGCUGGUGUUGCUGCCCCUGGAGGUAGCUACAGGUUUGCUCAGCUAUCUGGCCCGAGCCACUCUAUCCAGCUUCCAGAUGCAGAGUGGAGAGGAAGCCCCGGAGCUACUCAAGGUCAUCACUGAUCCUGUCACUAAGCUCUUCAUACAGCUGGAUAAAUCUGUGAUAACUGGCAUCGCUAUGGGAGAUGAGAGCAUGAGGAACCGCAGUCUGAUCAAAGUGUGGUGCAGCAUGUCAACAGAGAAUGUGACAGCGAGUGUUUCUCAGAAUUGUUCGUCAGUGUUGCAUUGUGGGAAGGAUGGUAAUCUCGUCGCACAGGCUAAUGCAGAGAGAUGUUGGCAUAUGUUUGCCAACACCGACUUGUCUGAUCUCUCUGUGGGUCUGAUUCUGCUGGCUGGAUCUCUCGUGGUGCUCUGUUCCUGCCUCAUCUUCAUCGUCAAGGUCCUCAACUCGGUCCUGAAGGGUCAAGUGGCACAAGUCAUUCAAAUGGUCAUUAACACAGAUUUCCCAUACCCCUUUGGCUGGCUGGCAGGAUACAUGGCCAUGAUUGUUGGGGCAGGAAUGACUUUCCUGGUGCAGAGUAGUUCAGUCUUCACCUCCGCCAUGACACCACUCAUCGGGCUUGGAGUAAUCAGUCUGGAGAGGGCGUACCCUUUGACUCUGGGCUCCAACAUUGGAACGACUACUACUGCUAUCCUCGCUGCGCUGGCGAGCCCCGGAGACAAGUUGUCUGCUGCCUGCCAGAUCGCUCUGUGCCAUUUCUUCUUCAAUGUGUUUGGAAUUGUUCUGUGGUACCCGCUACCCUUCAGCCGUGUGCCCAUCCGCAUGGCGAGGGCAUUGGGUGAGCGCACGGCUAAGUACCGGUGGUUUGCUGUGCUCUACCUUCUGCUCUGCUUCCUGCUACUCCCUGCACUUGUCUUUGGUCUCUCUCUGGCUGGCUGGCAUGCCAUGCUAGGUGUGGGAGCGCCAUUCGCCGGGGUUGCCACCUUCAUCAUCCUGGUAAACCUGCUGCAGUCACAUAGCCCCACCCACCUGCCCCGAUGCCUCCGGAACUGGGACUUCCUGCCUCUAUGGAUGCACUCACUCAAACCCCUGGACAAACUCAUCACCAAAGCCACAGCUGUUUGCUGCAAGUUCACCAAGUCCAACACUGCCGGUCUUGACCCUGAAGCUGCCACCAUUCACGAUACUGCUAACAUAAAACCAGAAUCAGUAGCAUCUCAGAGAAAGGCUCAACUAUCAUAUGACAACCCUGCGCUUUCGUUUCAGGACGAGUCGCCUCCACAGCCACGAGUGUUCAAGCUAAAGGGGCUAGAACGGUGCAACAGCACGCCACUUUAGAAAGAAUAUUACCCAAUAAAACCUUACAGCCAGUGUGUGUUUCUCACGUCCAAAGUGACAGAACUCAACCAUUCUGAACAAGACUAAUUUGUGCCUCUCUUAUAUUACACAGUUUUCAUAAUUUCCAAGUUCAUUCAGCAUCACGACAGAUGAUUCUGUGUGAGCAUCCUAGCAUGGUUAAUUGUGCUGUAUGAACGACAUGCGUGAUUACGGCGUUGGGAUACUGAUCUCAAGGUUGUGAGUUCAAACCCCAGUGCUGCCACUUUGGAUAAAAGUAUUAGCCGAAUGUAAAUGUAGGUAACUGUGUAGUGUUGAAGUGGCUUUAUGGAAUCAGUCAUCUCAAUCAGUCAAUGGCUGAACACCUUGAAUCAGAGAUAUUGAUGUCUACUUGUAGCUAUAGCCUCAGGCUAAAGAGGUAGGAUUUUUUACUAGAUAAAUUAUACAUUGAGGGUUUGCUGCUCUAGCUGCUCUCAUAUGAGUGUGUUUAGUUUUAUAAAUACCAACGGAAUUGUGCUGCUUUAUAGGUAAUGGCAGGGUGAGAGUAAUUGUUCAUCAAUAAGAUGGACCUGUGCUGUUUAAAGAAGCACAGUCUGGGAUAUUACGUGCCUGGUGUUUAAAACACACAUGAUUGAAAGCUCCAGAUAAUAGUCUCGCACAACCAGCAGGCCAAUUUUUGGAGAAACAGGAGAAGCUAUCAAACUCCAACAAUUACGCCACAACACAGCAGGCAUUGAAGGAUAACAAUGAAGCUUUCUUUUGUUAGCGUUUUCUGUUGUUAGAAAGUUAAAAAAAGUUUCAGUACUUAGAGCUUAAUUAGAGCUUUAAAACUUUCCAGUAUUGUUAAUAUUUUGCAAUAUUUCUCAUGUUAUUCUGAAGAGACCAUGCACUGGGUUAGCAUAUGAGCUUUCUAUAGAUGUCUGAACUUUAAAUCAUUUUGUAUGACAUUUCUACGACAUUUGUAAUACAGAGCAUUCGACAAUCACUUUGAAAAUGUGAAAUGUUAUCAGGGUACCUUUUGUAAAUAUGCCUUUGCUUUGCUUUUAUUUUUUCACCCCAUCUUUUUCUGACAUGAUGCAGGAUCGAUUUCAUGCUUUCCAUCAUGCAUACACUCCUUUCAAACUCCGUGGAUUGACUUGUCAUCGAUCCCUCUUUCCUGUACCAGCGUGUCACUAUUGCACACACUUUAAAUAAUUAAUUAUUAGAAAGCAAAGGUGGAAUAAUUAACUUUGAUGUCAUUAACAAUUUAAAAAUUACAUUGUAUAUUAUUUAAAAUGUGUAAUGUCUUUUUUUUUAUUUUUAACCAUGUACUGUAAUAAUCACUGCAUUCAAUAUGUUGUUUUUAAAUGUAGAAAUGGGAUAUUUUGCUUGUUGAACAGAACACAAACUGGUGCUUUUGGAUAAUCUAAGCUAUUUUUGUAUUUUCAAUGUCUUCUAAGCUCUUUUAAUGUGAACUGUGAAGAUCAUCAUUCCAAUGCAACAUGUCAGAUGUACAUACAAAUAUCUGUCCCUUAAAAAGGAAAUAUUACAAUCUAAAAUAUUGAAAGGUUUUUUUGGAGAAUAUUGAGCAUCCUAGAGAUAUAUACUGGUUCCGAUACUGUAAUCUGUAAAUCAUUCCUUCAGCUGUUGUCAUUCAUUGAAUAAUGAACGUUAAACAGAAUAUCCUUUUGGCUCAUGCUGGCUAAACUGCCCCACUGCUCACAUGUUUGUGUGAUUUUGGGUUCAGUAUGGCUACCGCUAGCAAGAAUCUAUCUCAAUAUUUAACAAAACAUCAGCCAUGCUUGAUGUAUCUGAACAUAAAUUCCACUGUAAAACUAUUAGUAAGUAAAUCAUAUUGAUAACUUUUGCAAUAGGUGAUGCUUGCUUUUGUUUUUCAGCAGCAACAUUACUUCAUAAUAAGGUAAAUUUUUAAUCUGAGCUGCUAAGAUGAGUUAAUUCUGGCAGGGAGUGAAAAAUUCUGUGAUUUAUUUAGCAAUAAAAAAAGACAUCAUAUAAGGGUCA